CCUAAUUGAUAUGUACGCGAACAAUUAUAAAACGUUCACUUAUAUCUACCCUCGAGCUGCGACUCAAACAUCUUCACCCGCGCGUCAACCAGUAAUAAAGUGAUUGUGAACCUGACAGGCUGUUUUACUCGCGUCACCGACACUACAUUUUGGCGACGAGGAUUUAAUUACCUGCGCUUAAAUAUACAUAUAGUGCAAUGUCGUAUUUAGGCAGUAUUUCUAAUUUCGAUUAUAAAUCUGGAGAUUGGAUAUUGUUUCGUAUACGUAUAGAUCAAUUUUUUAAAGCCAAUUCGGUGAAGGAGGAGAACAAAUGUGCGAUUUUAAUAACCCAUUUAACGAAUGACUCAUGCCGUUUAGCACGAAAUCUUGUGUAUCCUCGAGACGUGGAGAAACUAUCAUACGGCGAACUAGUUAAGGCGUUGGACGAUCAUUUUAAGCCAAAACAGUGUACGUUUGCGGAUCGAGCUAAGUUUUACGGAGCGACACGAGAACCAGGUGAAUCAUUGGGAGACUGGGCUGCCCGUUUACGGGGCUUGGCAAGUUUUUGCGAAUUUGGUCCCGCCCUGGAGACAGUUCUAAGAGACCGAUUCGUUCUUGGGCUGCACAUAGGACCGGAGCGAAAAAAGCUAUUCGAUCAAGAUGCUACUAAAUUGACCUUCACGGAAGCAUUAGAGGUCGCCGAGAAAGCGGCCAGUGCAAGGUUGGCCAAACUAUCAGUACAAGAACUGAAGGUCAGCGAGAUAUCCGUGAAGCAGGAACCAAUAUAUAAGAUUGGGACGUCGGGUGGCAAGUACCAGGGUGCUGGUACCGGGCGAAGAGGUGCCGGGAGCAGCCGUGGCCGAGCGAACGCGGCAACGUCGCGUCAAACGACGGGUCGUAACGACUCAGGUACCCCCGGAUUUCGGUGCGAAGUCUGCGGUUUGCGAAAUCAUAGUGCCGAAAUGUGUAGGUAUAAGGGCUACCGUUGCCAAAAGUGUGGUGUUAAAGGUCACUUGAAGAAAGUGUGUAAAGCCCGUGUGCAUAAAAUUAACGUGGAAGAUGAUCAUAGCGAAGAAAGUGAAGAGGAUUGUGAGGAAUGUAAAUGUUAUAAUAUAAGGUAUGAUAACUACAAACCUAUAGUUAUAAUGAUAAGGGUUAAUUGUAAAGACGUAUUGAUGGAGAUUGAUUCUGGAUCUAGUAUUUCUGCUAUGUCUGAUUUUUUUUAUAAACAAAAUUUUUGUCAUCUCAAUUUAUCACCGUGUAAUGUGAAAAUGUGUUUUUAUAAUGGCCAUAGAAUCAUCCCUAUUGGGUAUUUUAUUUCUAAAGUGUCUUACAACAAUAUGACACUGAACAUAAAAUUUUUUGUAAUAAAAAAUGGCGGAGCCCCUCUUCUUGGCCGUGAUUUUAUGCAAAAAUUCAAGUUAGAUAUUUUACCCAUAGAUAAUCAAAAUAUGACUUAUUACAAUAACAAUAUUAUAGAUUAUUAUGGCGAUGAAAUUGGCAGUUUAUUAAACAAAUACAAGGAUUUGUGGAGCGAUGGGUUAGGCAGGUUUAAUAAAUUUAAAAUAUCUUUAACGCUUAAAAGUACCGCUACCCCCAAAUUUUUCAAAUCUAGGUCAGUGCCAUUUGCGCUAAAAUCAAAAGUAGAUGCUGAGAUUGACCGUUUGACAUCUUUAGGCAUACUUGUUCCAGUCACUCAUUCCGAUUAUGCGACUCCGAUAGUGCCAGUUUUAAAAAAUAAUGGCCAAAUUAAAAUUGCUGGCGAUUACUCGUUAACAUUAAAUAGAGAUUUGUGUAUCGAUAAGUACCCAAUGCCCCGGGUAGAGGAAGUAUUUUGUAAGUUAGGUGGGGGUGAGAAAUAUACAAAAUUAGACCUGAGUAACGCGUAUAAUCAGCUGUUAUUAGAUGACGACUCUCAGUUGCUUACCACGAUAAAUACACCGCGCGGCCUUUUUAAAUACACCCGUCUCGUGUACGGCUUGGCUAACGCGCCUGCCAUUUUCCAGCGGACUAUGGAGACUUUGCUAUCGGGCAUAGAAGGAGUGAGUUGUUGGCUAGAUGAUGUUUGUUUGACUGGUCCAACAAGGACGAUUCAUAUGGCUAGACUAAGGGAAGUAUUGCAUAGGUUAUAUAGCGCUGGCCUAAAAUUACAAAAGGAAAAAUGCGAUUUCCUCAAGGACAGUGUUACAUAUCUUGGUUUUGUAAUAGAUAAAAAUGGAUUAAGGUCAUGUCCAAAAAAGGUACAAGCAAUUAUAGAUGCGCCUCGUCCUACGAAUAUUACAGAAUUAAAACGUUUUCUGGGAAUUAUCACGUACUAUAGAACUUUCAUACCGCGUGCAUCAUCUAUAUUGGGGCCACUGCAUGAGUUACUUCGCAAAGACUUAACUUGGGCUUGGGGAAAACGUCAAGAGUGUGCCUUUAAUACAGUCAAAGACGAACUGUCAUUAGAUCGGGUGCUGACGCAUUUUGAGCCCGACUCCCGACUCGUGUUGAGCGUGGAUGCCGGCCCGGCCGGCCUCGGGGCAGUUCUUGAAAAGGGGGACGAAGGCCAGGAGCGUCCUAUUGCAUUCGCUUCUAGGUCCCUCUCAGCGAGUGAGAGAAAUUACACUCAAGUCCAAAAAGAGGCAACGGCCAUUGUAUUUGGAGUAAAAUACUUUCACCAAUUUUUAUAUGGUAGGGAGAAACCUUUCAUUCUGAAAACGGACCAUAGACCACUCAUUGCAAUUUUUGGUAAGAAAAAUGGUGUUUCAGUAAUGGCGGCGACACGUUUACAACGCUAUGCUAUUUUUCUUUCAGCGUAUAAUUAUGAAAUUUGCUAUAUUUCGAGUCAAAAUAAUGUAGUAGCUGAUUAUUUCUCUCGAGCUCCCUUAUGCGAAACCGCACUGGAAACUAACGUCGAUGAUCAAAUCCGAUAUUUAAAUUUUUUAAAUGAUAGCCAGUUACCUAUUUCUUUUAAUACAUUAAAACAGGCAGUUGAUAAGGAUAAGACCCUCCAAACUGUUAUUAAAUACAUCCAUAAUGGUUGGCCACGUAAGAUUAAAUGUAAAAAUAUACAGCCUUAUUUUAACUGCAAAACAGAUUUAGAAGUUGAAACAGGAUGCGUAAUGCGGGGUCAUAGAAUCGUAAUACCGUCAGUACUGCGCGAGCGGAUGAUCAACGAACUACAUAGGGGUCAUUUUGGCAUUGUAAAAACGAAAAGUAUCGCUCGUAGUAAACUGUGGUGGCCGGGAAUUGAUGGCGACAUCGAACGCGCGGUGAGCGCGUGCAGCGUGUGCGCCGCCGCUUGUUCCGCUCCGCCGCGCGCGCCACCCGCGCCCUGGCCGCGCCCUGACAGGCCUUCGGAGCGAAUCCAUAUAGAUUAUAUGCAAAUAGCACAAAUGACCUUUCUUAUUGUAGUAGAUGCACACAGACGUGCGCGGCGGAGUGCGCAGAAGGGUCUGGGCGUGAGCCCGCUUGGAGCCUCCGUCGGUGCAGAUCUUGGUGGUAGUAGCAAAUACUCCAGCGAGGCCCUGGAGGACUGA